AUGGCGAGCAGGAGCGACCUCGAUCCGUCAGCCGCGAUGCUGCUUGGUCGCCAAUCGUCACCUCAGACAAUUCGCGGUCAACCGCACAACGAUGCCUCGAGUGAUGGCACGCUGUCGUCGUCUCCGUCGUCGUCGUCGUCGUCCGCGGCGGUUUUCGGCACCUCGCCGCGAUCGCACGAAGGGCUCGAUUCCCUGCGUGAGUCGGACAGCGUUUCCCACCUGUCUGCGCAAAAUCUUCAAGAUGUAAGAAAGGGUCAAAAGCUGCGGAGGCUCGAGAUUGACAAUCACCACCAGCCACCACCACCAGCCGCCGCCGCGACAAGUCACAGCAGCAGCGGCAACUUGAACGAUUCUCCCCUCUCCUCGCCGAGCUCCACGAGCAGCGCCACUGCGUUCGAUUCGCCGUCCCAUGCAUCAGCGACUGCAGGUCCAACCUCUUUGGCCUCCUCACAGACUGCCGCAGCGUCGUCGUCGUCGUCGUCGUCGUCGUCGUCGUCGGCCUUGGCGGCGUCAUCCGCCCCUUCGUUUGGCUCAGCUUCCGUCAAUGCGACAAUCGUACCACAGAAAGUGGCGCCUCCCACUCGGCGGUUGCUGGCAGGAGGUGGUUCGCCCAAAACCAUUGGCGCACUCAGCGCAAAGUCCUCCCCGGACUUGUUCGGAAAACCCAAAACGGCAGGUCGCAGCAACCCUCUGGGCGCCAUGGACUCUGGAGGCAUGAUCAACUUCCCGUCCACUCCCAUCACAGGAAAGCAUUACCACUACGAGUUUGUGAAUCUCCCUGAAAAGUUUGCGCUCGUCCUUCCUUCGUCCGCGAUCACAGCCGGGUCAUCUGACUCGACGAAGCGACGCUCGGUCAACCAGGUCUAUCGCUUGCAAGUUGUCAGCGGAUCGGGAUCGUGGUUUGUGCGGCGCACGUACACUGACUUCCGGGAUCUCGAUCGGCAGCUCCAUCGCUGCACAUUCCAUCGGCGGUACAGCAAGCUGCCCAAGCUGCAGACGGAUAAGGACAAUGGCAAGUUUCUUGGUCUGGCCGCUCUGGAUGAGCGCCGCGCCCAGCUGGCGGCGUAUGUGACGAGACUUGCGUCCAUUUUGCCAGGAUCGGUCACAUGCGGCACUGUGCUCGAAUGGCUCGAACUGGAUGCCAGCGGUGAGCACGCUCAGCCUUCAAAGGCGCUGGGCGUGGCAGCUGCGAGUGCGGCGACUGCCAGCACCGGUUCCGAGCCCGGCAGCGGCUCCAACUCGAUGAACAGCUCCGGGACGUUCGUGCGCGUGCGCGCUCUUGCCUUGGGCGUGGUCAUCAUCAACUACACUGCUCAACAGAGCGACGAAUUGAGUCUUGCCGUGGGCGAGAUGGUUUCCAUCAUUGACAUGCCCUCUCCCGAAGAAUCGCCCUGGUGGCGAGGGAACAAGGGCUUUGCCAGCGGCUUUUUCCCGUCUCAGUGCGUGCGUGUGAUUUCCGUUGCGCGUAAAGCCCCAGCGGCAGAUCCCGUUGCUGCUGUUGCGGCCUCGCCAGCAUCUGUCGUCGCCGAAUCCGCCGACGCCUCCUCUGCAUCACCGCUGUCGUCCUCGGUUUCCAAGUCCGAGACCAUCAUGCCCGCAGCAGCUCCGGCAACGAGCACGGUGGCGCCAGAAGAUGUCAUUACAAGCUUCCCUCAGGCUGUCGACCGUCUGCGGAAGCAAUUGCCUCAGUUGCAAAAAUCGCAGAGUUCGACCGUCCUCGGGAAAACGCCGCUCAACCUCGAUCUUCCUGCAGGCACAUUCGCGCCCGGGUCGGCCAUGAAUGCGCACGUCAUCACGCGCAACCAAAAGCUCGUUUCUUUUCUGCGCACAUUCUUCCAGGAGCGCCGCAAGGAAAAGGGUCUGUACCCUCAAUCUCUUGUGACGUUGCGAUCGACCGGCAUUUUCCAAGACGCCGUAUUUGGAGCCGACCUAUCGGAGCUGUUGCAACGGAGCGGCCGAUCUGUACCGUUGUUAGUGGAAAAGUGUGUUCGGCAGCUCGAAGCACAGGGCAUCAUCAAGGGAAUCUACCGAUUGUCUGGCGUUGCAUCCAACGUUCAGAAGCUGCGAUCCGAAUUCAACGACAACGAGGAUGCUGUUGACUUGACCACCCGCAACACGGCGAGCGAAAUUCACUGCAUUUCGAACGUUCUCAAGCUCUUCUUUCGCGAGCUCCCAAACCCCUUGAUGACAUUUUCCCUGUACGACGACUUGGUCAAGGUUGCCAAUACCGAAGACGCGGCCGUCCAGCGAACGCUUCUGUUGGAGGUGCUUGGCAAGAUGCCUCCGCUGCACUACUCGACCCUGCGCUUUUUGAUUGCCCAUUUGGUGCGGCUCGCAGGUUUUAGCGAGUCGACCAACAUGACCGCCGCCAACCUCGCCAUCGUGUGGGGACCCAACAUCAUCCGCCCGCUCAAGCAAGACCUGUCCCUGGUGGUGGUUCAAUCCAAAGAGCAAGCGGCUGUGGCGGAGCUGCUCAUCAAUGACUUUACCGCCUUUUUCGGCGAACAGCCCGCCGAGCUCUUGUCUCCGCGCGAAAAGGACGAGGAAGACGAGGCGGAACGUCUGGCCAAGGAAAAGCAACAGCAUCGCAACAGCGCUGUUGCAACGGCCACCUUUGCUCCAGUGAUUAUGGCUAACAGUCUGGGACCCUCUGCGUUGCGAAGCUCCUUUCGCGCCAACAAAACGAGCACCGUGGGGCGUCGCCGUGUUGCACCACCGCCCCCAAUCACGGCCAUUCUGUCCAAGUCUGCCAUUUUGCCUCCACAGAGCGAUGCCGGCAGCGAUCCCGACCGUCGUUCUUCAUCCUUCUCGUCCACCAGGCCGCUGAAGCCUGUGCGCGCAGCCCCGCCUCGUCCGCCACCGCAAAAUCUCGUCCCUCCGGCGGCGGCGGCAACUACCUCCGCAGCAGCCAGCACUAUAACCGAGACUCUUGCCGAUUCCAACAAGUCUGCCGAAGACCCCUCGCAGCGAGCCGUUUCGCCUGUUGCAAUCACCCUCACCACAGAGCCAGCUGCACGCCAGGUGGCCGACAAUGACGUCGACGAGGACGCCGUUCUCAACACUGCCAUUGCCCAGAAGCGGCGGCUGUCGACGGGUAUCGUCGUCUUCCCGCGCGGCAAGUCUGCGUCAAUGGGCAGCAACGGACCUGGCGGUGUUCGGAUGAGUCGCGAGUCUGCGCUACUGGAGUGGGGACCGUCUGCACAGCAUCAGGACAGCAAUGUAUUGCCCGCCGCAGCCUCCAGUGGUGCCGCAGCGGGUCUGGCCGCACCAGGACAACGGAUUUCGAGACGUGCAGUGUCUGAGGAGGACUUGUCGCGUCCUUUCAUCUCCAAUCCAAUCCUCCUUCCCGACAGCUCACACCUUUCUGCGUCGACGUCCAACUUGAUUCAGACAGCCAUCGACCUGCAUCCCCCAGGCGGCACGCCGAUCAUUGGUUCGACUCCAGGCGUGCCGACGCCAGCGAGACCCAUGAUGCUGCCUCCGCCUCGGGCUGCCCACAAUGUUCCAACCAAACUGGCGGGACUCCUUUCGCUAUCGCAAGGCGGCAGUCCGGUCAAUCCAUCCUCGCCUUCCCCACCGCCUGCAGCCAUUCCAGAGCAACCUCCCUCGCUUCGCGACCGUUCUACAACAUCGCCGCAAGCCGUGCGUCGACCCGCGCCCCAGCCGCCUGUCACCGUUCCAAAGAAACCACCGCCGGCACCUCCUGUGAGUCACGCCGUCGAGCCCAGCCCAGGCGGCCCCUCGAUUCCACCGGGCUCGGCCCAGGACUACUCGACACCGUCCGUAGCCACGCUGAGUGCGCUGUUCAACUCUGUAGCUCACUUGAAGGCCAAUGGAGACGCGUCCCCUCCAGCUGCUCGGCGCGCGACCAAAUCUGGCAGCGACUCUGCGCCUGGUGCGCCUGGUGCGCCUGGUGCGCCUGGUGCGCCUGGUGCCCCCACGGGCAAGCCUCCUGUGGCACCUCGAUCUCAGUCUCCGAAAAUUCCGUCGCCUCGUGCCAGCGUGGACAUUAACCAGGUGCAGCCGAUUGCAGCGGCCGCACAACCCGACGUGGCCGCACAGUCUGCCACGGCUGCACAACCUGCCGCUGUCCAGGUGAUCGCCAGCGAAACCCGCGUUCGCUCCAUGUCAUCACCCCUCUUGCAUCGCCUGUCGCGCGACUUGUUCACGCUGGAAGAGCUCGAUGCCGCGGCGUCCGCAGAAGAGCAGCCGAACAGCAUCCCGCCUCAUCUCCGGCGACACACUCGCCAACGAAGUCGAAGCGGAGACUCCGUCCAAGGGCAACCUCAGUUUGACGGCGACGGCAACGUUGUCAAUGGCCGAAACGCAGCCGCCCUGUCUGGCCGCAACUCUGGCUCCAACGAAGCCCUCAUUCGGCGCCCAAUCAAGCCUCUGCCACCCAUGCCAGCUCCACGAGCACCAGAGCCGGAUUCCCAAAAGCCGCACUCCAGCCUGCAGGCCCAGUCAUCGACCAGCAGUCUGGGUGCUUCGACGGACACGAGCUCGGCCACGUCAUACGAUGCUCUACCUCAAGUGGCGAGCAACAAGCCCACGCCCGCUCCACGAAAUCCCGUCUUACCCGCGACGCCAGUCACUCCAACACUGAGCACGGAACGUGUUUUCGAGCAAUCGAAAGCCGAUGCUGCUGCUGCUGCUGCCGCUGGUUCAACGACUGUGCCUGCGAUUGUGGUCGAGCCAGUCGUGGCCGUCGCCGCCGUCCCCGCCGUGGCUGCGCCGUUCGUCGUGGCACCCGUCGUUGCCCCCGCUGUUGCCUUGCGUCAAUCGUUUGGCUCCUCGUCCAAGCGGUCGUCUCGACGCAUCAGCGAAGAAGAGCUCGGCUCGAUGCUCAUCCCUGAGCUCAACUCGUACCACUUCAAGCCGCUGCCGCGCGCACGCCUGUCUGGGCUCAUGUCGACUGGCUCCUUUGAGCUGAGCGGCGAAGACGGCGACACUGAUUCGAUCGACAUGGAGGAUAUCAUUCGUGCAAGCCAGGAAAUGAUGAUGCAACUCGGUCAAGGUCGCAAGACGAGUGUGGCAUCGUCAGGAAGCAACAGCAGCCUCGAUCCUGCGACAUCCAUCCCUCCAUCCCUUGCCAUGCGUCUGUCUGCCAUCAUCCUCUCGGAGGAGGGCAUGGACGAGCAAGCCGAGCAGGCAAACGCGCAAGCCGAGCAGUUGGAGCAUCUCGAGCAACUCGUCCAAGAUUCUGCUGCCGACGACCCGGACAAUGAGCAGGUGUUGGCCGAGGCGCUUGCCCGCUUUGACGAGGAGCAAGAAAAUGUCGAGCAGACGGCGCUUUGCGACGAAGAUGGCAACCAGUACUGGAUUGACGGCAACGGCGUGCCGUACUACCGCGACGACUCUGGUCAGCCUUACUACUACAAUGAGGACGGCAACAUUUACUUUUUCGAUGCCAAUGGCGUCAUGUUUGUGGAAGACGCGAACGGCGAGUGGAUUGAAGCGACGCAGCAGGCCGUGUUUGACGGCGAUCGCUACGACGCUGAAAAUGAGGACGGUGCUGAUGGGACGACCGAGAAAGCUGGUCUGACGGCCGUCCCGGACGACUCGAGCGACAAGCGCGCCUCUCGUCUCAUUGAGCGCGAGGACGACGACUGGGGCGCCACUGAAAGUUAAAAUGCGAAUGAUUUGCGGCUCUUAUUUUUUGUUUUUAAAAUCGUGUUGUAAUUUUUUUUUCGAUGUGAAUACAAUUUAGUUGAAGGAUA